AUGGAAAAUCAUAGAGAAGAUGAGAUUGAGGACAACAUGUCAACGCCUUCCGUCGGUUCCAUGCAGAUUGCAGGAAGCAAUGGCUUUGGUCAUAGCAUGGAGUUCAUGUCUCAGGCAUACCUUCACAAUCGGUAUCCGGAGAUUGAUAUACAAGUCGAGGAUUCAACUUUCAACCAAGAUCCUCCUCUUCCGGUAUAUCUCAAGUUUGAAGAUGUAGAGUUCAAAGUGCGAAAUUGCCAAGUAGCUUCCAAGAACCCUGUGAAAACAAUGGUGUCAAAGGUAGCCAUACAAAACAAUGUGGAAGAGAAAAACAAAUACAAGACAAUUCUAAAGGGUAUCACAGGAAGCAUUGGCCCAGGCGAAAUCCUUGCUUUGAUGGGUCCUUCUGGUAGUGGAAAGACAACAUUGUUGAGAGUUGUAGGAGGAAGAUUACUUGAUAAUGUAAAGGGAAAGAUAACUUACAAUGAUGUUCCAUAUAGUCCCGCUCUAAAAAGGAGGAUUGGAUUUGUAACACAAGAGGAUGUGCUUUUCCCGCAACUUACGGUGGAAGAAACAUUAAUCUUCUCUGCAUUCUUAAGGCUACCAACCAACAUGAGCAAGCAACAAAAAUAUGCAAGAGUUGAGAACACUGUCAAGGAUCUAGGCCUAGAAAGAUGUCGCCACACGAAAAUAGGUGGAGGAUAUCUCAACGGCAUAUCAGGAGGAGAAAGGAAGAGAACCAGCAUAGGCUAUGAAAUUCUUGUUGAUCCUUCAUUGCUGCUUCUUGAUGAACCAACUUCAGGCCUUGAUUCUACGUCGGCAAACAAACUCCUUCUCACCCUUCAGGGACUUGCCAAGGCUGGAAGAACUAUAAUCACAACAAUUCAUCAGCCAUCCAGCAGAAUCUUUCACAUGUUUGACAAACUUCUUCUGAUAUCAGAAGGCCAUCCUGUUUAUUAUGGAAAGGCUAGAGACACAUCUGAGUACUUUUCAUCCUUGAGAUUGAUCCCGGAAAUACCGAUGAAUCCCGCAGAGUUUUUGCUUGACUUAGCAACUGGACAAGUGAAUGAUAUAAGUGUUCCUGAAGAUAUUUUCAAAGAUCAAGAAUCUACUGACCCUUCAAUAGCCGUUAUUAAGUAUGUACAAAUCAAGUAUAAAGACAUAUUGGAGCCAAAAGAAAAACAAGAGAAUCAUAGAGGAGCAAACACACCAAAACAUCUUCAACUAGCCAUACAGGUUAAAAAGGAAUGGACAUUGAGUUGGUUAGACCAAUUCAUUAUUCUUUAUAAGAGAACAUUCAGAGCAAGACGCAAGGACUAUUUCGAUAUAUUAAGAUUAGUCCAAGCACUUGGAAUUGCACUUUUGUUAGGACUACUUUGGUGGAAAUCUUCAAUCGAUACAGAAGCUCAACUCCGAGAUCAGGUUGGUUUAAUGUUCUAUAUUUGUAUAUUUUGGACAUCUUCAUGUAUUUUUGGAGCAGUCUAUGUAUUUCCAUUUGAAAAAGUGUACUUGAAAAAAGAAAGGGUAGCGGACAUGUAUAGACUAAGUGUAUACUAUGCAAGUAGCACUCUAUGUGACAUGGUAGCACAUGUUUUGUAUCCUACAUUUUUCAUGCUCAUUGUGUACUUCAUGGCUGGAUUUAAGAGAACUGUGGCUUGCUUCUUCCUUACGUUAUUCGCGGUUUUGCUGAUAGCGGUAACAAGUCAAGGAGCUGGAGAACUAUUUGGAGCUGCAGUUAUGAGCAUUCAAAGAGCAGGAAUGGUUGCUUCUUUGAUACUUAUGUUGUUCCUUCUUACAGGUGGCUACUAUGUUCAGCAUAUACCAAAGUUCAUGCAAUGGUUGAAGUAUAUGUCAUUCAUGUACUAUGGAUUCAGGCUUCUUCUAAAAGUGCAAUAUUCAGGAGAUGAACUAUAUGAAUGUGAAAGUGAAGAUGGAUGCAAGACCCUUCAAAGUUCACCUUCAUUUGAUACCGUAAACUUGAAUGGAGGUUUAACUGAAGUUUGGGUUCUGCUGGCUAUGGCUCUUUGCUUUCGAGUGUUUGCUUACUUUUGUCUACGUAGAAGGAUUGACAUAUCCAAUUAG